CGGGCGGAUGUGACGGCGCAGGGAGUGCGGCGGGAGCGGCCCGGGCCGGGCCCGGCAUGGACCCGGCGGCCGAGCACCGGCAGCAGCUCCGCAGCCUGCGGGAUUUCCUGCUGGUCUACAACCGCAUGACCGAGCUCUGCUUCCGCCACUGCGUCUGCAACCUCAACUACCGGCUGCUCACGGGCCGCGAGGAGUCGUGCCUGGACAGCUGCGCCGCGAGGCUGGUCCGCGCCAACCACCGCCUGAUGGGCGCCUACGUGGGACUGGUGCCGGCGCUGCUGCAGCGCCGCGCAGCCGAGCACGACGCUGCGGCGGGGCCGCCCGCACUGCCGGCCUCCCCUGGACCGGCCCCGGGCCCCGCGGAAGACGCUCCCGCUGCCGGCACGUAGAAGCCCCUGGCCGCAGCUCCCCGCGGCCGUCGGACGCAGCAGCAGCCCUGCUGCGCUGGAGCUCCAGGCUGGAGCAGCAUCCGCGCUGGGCCCCCGGAGCCCCGAGCAGCGGCUGGGCUAUGCAGGGCACCGAGGAUGGGGGGCACAGGAACAGGGGAAGGCCCCCCCUAGCCCUCCUGGCUGUGGAUUUCUGGGAAGUGGAGUGUGAAUACCAAUAAAACAUCUUCACAGUAA